AUUCUGCAAAAGAGUGUUUGGGUUGUUUGCACCGCCUACCCCUCCGAGUCGCGCUAGUCCCCUUCCGGUCGCUCCGUCAGUCCCUCGUGCGGGUAAACAACGACCAUUAUAAAUAAUAAUAAUAAUAAUAAACAUCCCCGUCGCCUAUUGACCUUGCCUGGGUAGCCUGUCGGUCGGACACACCAUGGCGUACAAUCAUCGUAUGAGCCAGCAGUUUCAUGGCUCUCAGCAGCAGCAUGCCCGAGGCCGCAAGAAGGAAGAUGAAAACGAUGCGUUGAUGCGUCUGCCCGAUAAGGAGAUCGCGGGAUGUAUCAAUGAUAUUGGUAUUCCGUUUACAGCGGCCGAUCUGCUCAAGCCCAACGCACAGCAGAUCCAGAUGGUGCUGGAAUGGUUUGCUGAGCUCCUCAUGAAUAUUACCCGGGAAACCGUCGAGCCUGGGAUGCGCGCUGCAGCGGAAGAUGUUGGUGGUGAUUUUGCGGAUAUUGUUCCUCUUGAUACGCGGAAUCUGAUGGGAUUCUUUGUGAAUCUGAAACGACUGCUGAUGGAGUGCGGAGUAAACGAUUUCACUUUCACAGACCUGACCAAGCCCACGCACGAUAGACUUGUCAAGAUCUUUUCCUAUCUGAUCAACUUUGUCCGGUUCCGCGAGUCGCAAACCGCCGUCAUCGACGAGCACUUCAACAAGACGGAGAAGACGAAAGCACAGAUAGAGACCCUAUUUGCAGAGAAUCAGGAGAUGGAACAGCGCCUGGAGGAAAUGAGACGCAGUCAGAAGGCGGUCGAAAGUCAGGUUAAGGAAAAAGUGCGGCGCAACGACGAACUAAAGGCUCGAUUGCUCGAUUUACGGAGAACCCAGGAGCGGGUGGCGGAAAAUUUGGAACGCGUCAAAGCAGAGAAGGCGAGGCGCCAGACCUCGCUUGAAGAAAAGAUGGAAAGGCUUGUCCGCAGUCGGCAGGAGACAGAGAAGCUCCGACCUUACGUAUUGGAGAGCCCCGCUACCCUGCAAUCGUCAUUGACAGAACUGUCCGAGAAUCUGGUGCGGGAGAAGGUACAUAUCGACGCUAUGGAGAGGCGAGCCCGCGCAUUACAGACAUCUUCGGAUACUUUUACGGUGGUUUCCAAUGACAUUCAAGCCUGCAUCAAGUUACUCGAGGACAUAUCCGUGGAGCUAUAUCCGAGCGCGGCAAUAAUGUUCGAGAAGUGGAGCAGACCGAGAAGCUUCUACAGCGCCAACUAGCACGGUGGCAUGAAAGAAUUGAGACAUUACGGAAGAAUGCCCAGGAGAAGGCGGAAAUUGCCCAGGCACGGAUGGAGGAGCUUCGCAAUGUCCAGAAGCAGCUGCGGGAAGAACGUGCAGAGAAGCAGCGUGAUAUUGAAAGAAGAAGAAUCGCAAUUGAACAGACAGAGAAAAAGAUGACCGACCUCAAAGAGAAUAUCGAGAACGAGAUACACAGCGCCCACGACCA